CUCUGCUCUCUCAGUAACAGAAAGUGGCCGCCUCUCUGCUGUUGCUGCCGACUCAAAGCUCACAGACUCGCUCGGCGCCUCAAACCGCCAUUUUGGAGUCAGAGAACCGAGAGUCGGCAGCAGCGGAGAGAGAGACGCAAAAGGGGACACGGGGCCGAGGGGACUUUCACCAUUGUCUGAUCAUUAAUCUUGGAAUCAAGGACAAUGGCAUCCCUUACUGAGAAGUAAACGCGCUGCCCUGUUGGGCAGAGGUGUCUGCUGCAUGGCGUCUGGGCAGGGGGGCCGACCGGAGGCUGGGGCAUCAGGGAGCUCUGGCCUGGCCAAACCUCUCUACCUGCAGCGCUUGGAAAGAUCCCUGAGGUUGGACAGUUUCCUGCGCCAGACUGCCGCCAUCUUCAAUGGAGAUAUAACCACCAGUGAUGAGAGUGAUGACAGCGAUGGAGGAUUGGGGACGGGGUUAUCCCUGGACGCCCCCACUCAGCAUACUGCUCUGACCGUGAAGAGUGAGCCGUGUGAGGAAGAGGAUGGGCUCUCAGAGGAGAAGCCCCUCAACGGAGUCCUGCUGCAGGGUAAAGACCAAAAGGCAGAUAAUGCGAGUCUCUACAACUUCUCCAAGCUGAAGAAGAACAGGAAAUGGCUGAAGACUAUCCUGCUGAGUGACGACACCACGGACUCGGACACGGACUCGGAUGACUCUGACUUCAGUUUGUCCCGGGACGAGCUGCAGGACAUGCUGAGGCUCCAUCGCUUCACCAGGCAGCAUCAGAGCAAGUUCCACUCUGACCGGGAGCUUCACCAAUACCAGUACUACAGCACUGGACUCCUCUCUACUCAUGAUGCCUUCUAUGAGCAGCAGCGCCACCUGCUGGGCCCAAGGAAGAAGAAAAUCAAAGAUGAGAAGAAAUUCAAGGCCAAACUGAAAAAGGUGAAGAAGAAGAAGAAACGGGGCGAGGGGGACUUCCUGGAUGAUGGGCGUCCUUAUAUCACCAAGAUCUUCGCAAAGUUUUCCCAUGAUGCUCCACUGCCCGUAGUGAAGAAGAAGCAUCUCACCAUUGAGCAGCUGAACGCACGGCGGCGUAAAGUCUGGCUCACUAUCGCUAAAAAGGAGAUUCCCAAGACUUUCAAGCAGAAGACCUCUGCUAAGAACUUAGUAUCGACCAAUGCCAAAAAGUUGGCUCAUCAGUGCAUGAGAGAGGUCCGGCGCGCUGCCAUCCAGGCCCAGAAGAACUGCAAGGAGACGUUACCACGGGCCCGCCGCCUCACCAAGGAGAUGAUGCUCUACUGGAAGAAAUACGACAAAGUGGAGAAGGAGCACAGGAAGAGGGCGGAGAAGGAGGCUCUGGAGCAGCGUAAACUGGACGAAGAGAUGAAAGAAGCCAAGCGUCAGCAGCGUAAACUGAACUUCCUCAUCACACAGACGGAGCUGUAUGCUCACUUUAUGGGGGGUAAAGCCAGCAUGGGGGGUCCGGAGGGAGACACGGCUCAGGUGGAGAUUCUGAGGAAGCUGGAGGACAGUGCGGGUCUCAGACAGAUCGACAUCGGAGGAGGAGUGAUGGUCAAAAUGGGACAGGAGGAUUACGAUAGCAGUUACUACAAGUCCCAGGCGAUGAGGAAUGCUAAAGAAGCCUACCAGAUUCACCAAGAGAGAACGCGGAUGUUUGACGAGGAGGCGAAGGACAGCCGCUGUGCGUCGCUGCACGCCGUUGUAGGCCCGUCCUCAGGCUCAGGGUUCGGAGAGAGCUACAGCCUCGCCAACCCCUCCAUCCACGCCGGCGAGGAGAUCCCUCAGCCCGCCAUGUUCGACGGCAAGCUCAAGGGUUACCAGCUCAAGGGCAUGAACUGGCUUGCCAAUCUUUAUGAACAGGGAAUCAAUGGAAUCCUGGCAGAUGAGAUGGGACUGGGAAAGACGGUCCAGAGUAUCGCCCUGUUGGCUCACUUAGCAGAGAAGGACAACAUCUGGGGUCCAUUCCUGAUCAUCUCUCCUGCAUCCACGCUCAACAACUGGCAUCAGGAGUUCACUCGCUUCGUGCCCAGUUUCAAGGUGUUGCCAUACUGGGGGAAUCCACACGAUCGCAAAGUGAUUCGGAAGUUUUGGAGCCAGAAAACCCUUUACACGCGAAAUGCCCCGUUCCAUGUGGUGAUCACCAGCUACCAGCUCGUAGUGCAGGACGUGAAGUACUUCCAGAGGGUCAAGUGGCAGUACAUGGUCCUGGAUGAGGCUCAGGCUCUGAAAAGCAGCACCAGUGUUCGGUGGAAAAUCCUUCUGCAGUUCCAGUGUCGAAACAGACUGCUGCUAACCGGGACGCCCAUCCAGAACACUAUGGCUGAGCUGUGGGCCCUGCUGCACUUCAUCAUGCCCACACUGUUCGAUUCCCACGACGAGUUUAACGAGUGGUUCUCCAGAGACAUCGAGAGCCACGCUGAAAACAAGUCUGCCAUCGAUGAGAACCAACUCUCCAGACUGCACAUGAUCCUCAAGCCUUUCAUGCUGCGCAGAAUCAAGAAGGAUGUGGAAAACGAGCUCUCAGACAAGAUUGAGAUCCUGACCUACUGCCAGCUGACGUCCCGGCAGAGGCUGCUCUACCAGGCUCUGAGGAACAAGAUCUCCAUCGAGGAUCUACUGCAGUCCUCCAUGGGCUCGUCACAGCUGUCCCACAACACCACCUCCUCCCUCAUGAACCUGGUCAUGCAGUUCAGGAAGGUGUGUAACCACCCUGACUUGUUCGAGCGCCAGGAGACCCGCUCUCCGUACCACAUGUUCCUGAAACCCUACGUCAUGUCCAAGUUCCUCUACCGCCACGGCCUCAUCCACGCAUGCAACCAGUCCAAAAACAAAUUACUCCAAGUGCUGUUGUCUCCCUUCUCCCCCAAUCACAUCCAGCAGUCUCUUUUUCACAGAAAAGGUGACGACAAAGGAAGCUGUUUCUCCUUCCUGCGCUUCAUCGACGUCUCACCAGCUGAGAUGUCCAAUCUCAUGCUGCAAGGAACCUUAGUAAGGUGGUUAGCCCUUUUUCUGUCCCUCAAAGCUGCCUAUCGGCUCCACCAUCAGCGCCUGUUCGGCCUUGAAGAAGAAGAAGAGGGUCAGGAGGAAGCCGGAGACUCACUGGGGGAGAGAGGGGGGUCACAACCCAGGAGUAAAUGUCUGUCUCGCAAGGACUUGAUCUUGUGGCUGAACAGACCCACCAAUUUCCCCAACGUGCAAACCAGCCCCGUCCUGCAGGACUUGGUGUUCACAGCCUUAAGACCGGGCAUGAUGGGACACACAGACGUGAUGAUCCACUGUCGAAGCUCCGCCACUUCCACGAUGCGGCCCUGCCAACCCACACCGCCACCCAAGUUCCUGCUAGCUGCCACGCCCAGGGUUACAGCAGUUCCCAUGGAGCGUUAUUGUGAUGACCGCAGUGCAGAGUACGAGUGGCGGGUGACGCGCGCGGGGGGGGGCGCAGUCUUCAAACAGUGUUUCCUCUACGGCUCUCCUGAACUUGCCUCGGAUUGGCGUGUGAGGUCCAAUUCCUUCUACCCACAAUGCCCUGGGGGUGUGAUGGCCCUCUACCCACGACAUGGAUGGUCCUACAUCCGGAUACCUGAUAAGGAGAGCCUGAUCACGGACAGUGGCAAGCUCCACACCUUGGAUAUCCUGUUGAGUCGGCUAAAGAACCAGGGACACAGAGUCCUCAUCUACUCCCAAAUGACCCGCAUGAUAGACCUGCUGGAGGAAUACAUGGUCUAUCGUAAGCACAUCUACAUGCGCCUCGACGGAUCCUCCAAGAUCUCAGAGCGCAGAGACAUGGUGGCGGACUUCCAGAGCCGGACGGACAUCUUUGUGUUUCUGCUGAGUACGAGGGCUGGAGGGCUCGGCAUCAACCUGACUGCUGCUGACACUGUUAUCUUCUACGACAGUGACUGGAACCCCACGGUGGACCAGCAGGCCAUGGACCGAGCCCACAGGCUGGGGCAGACCAAGCAGGUGACCGUCUACCGCCUGAUCUGUCAGGGGUCCAUCGAGGAGAGGAUCCUGCAGCGGGCCAAGGAGAAGAGCGAGAUCCAAAGGGUGGUGAUCUCAGGAGGAAACUUCAAACCCGACACACUGAAACCCAAAGAGGUGGUCAGCCUGCUGCUGGACGACGACGAGCUGGAGAAGAAACUGCGUCAGAGACAGGAUGAGAAGAAGCAGCUGGAGGAGUGCAGCAAGGUGAAAGAGCGCAAGAGGAAGCGGGAGAAGUACGCUGAGAAGCAUAAGAAGAACGAGGAGACGGAGAACAAGAAGAAGAAGGAGGUGAACCUGGUCAUCUCUCACGCUCACUCUGCAGACAACUCCAACCUCUCUGCUGACGGAGACGACUCCUUCAUCAGCAUGGACAUGGACUCAGCCAUGCCCAGUCCUUUUAGUGAGAUCUCCCUGAGCAGCGAGCUCCAGCCCGGCUCGUUGCCCCCGGACGCCGACGCCGACGAGAGCAGCAGCGACAUGCUGGUCAUCGUGGACGAUCCGGUGUCCUCGGCGCACCAGUCCCGCGCCACAAACUCCCCCUCCUCAGUGUCCGGAUCGGCCUCCGACAACAUGAAUGGUGUUUCUGCCUCGGACGCGGUUAGUCCUGGCAGAGGUCGGUCUGGGCGGAGUCGGGGACGGCCCAAAGGAUCUGGAGGCGGGACUAAGUCUGGAGGGAAAGGACGCGGGCGCAAGUCGACAGCGGGCAGUGCGGCGGCCAUGGCGGGGGCGAUGGCCGGAGCAGCGGCUGCCUCUGCAGCAGCUUUUGCUGCGUACGGUUACAGUGUCUCUAAAGGCCUCGCUGCGUCCAGCCCCCUGCAGCCUUCUCUGGGCCGGUCCGGUACCAGCCCCGCCUUCAACCCCAGCAGGAGCUCCUCUCCGCAGGCCAGAGGAGGGGCCUCCACCCCCAGCCCCCACAAACAGCUGGCCCCCAGCCACCAGCACCACAGCAGCAGUAGCAGCAGCAGCCACGGCACAGUCAGGAAGGGCAAGGGUCCCGCUGGGGCUCGAUAGAAGCACUCGGACACUCAUGAAUGUGCUCUAACUGUCUCAGUAUAACACACACACACACAGAGAUAACUGACCUACUCUCACUGUGAUCCACACAGACGCCCUUAACUGAAACUGAGGCUCACUACCCGGAGGACCAUGCUGUGUCUGCUAGCUUCUCCACACACACAAACAGACAAACACAUGGAUAAUUUAAAGGUGCAGUACCGACCAGCGUCCAGAUUUCUCGGUUCACUUUUAUUUGAAAGAGUCUGGGUCAGUGGACAAAAUCCGCCUAAAGUAUUUUUGUUUGCAUUGCGACAAGACCUCUUCCAAGUGCUUUUUGGGAAGACAGACAGUACUUUUCCAGACAGGAAACUCUUUUGAUUUGCUAGCUGUGAACUAAAACCAACACAUGUAGCGCAAAGGGCUUUGAAAUGUUGGCUAAAGGAGCAUCUGUCAAAAUGCACUGAGCCACGUCUUCCAUUUUUCCGUGUUGUUGACUCUCACACAUGUACAUGAGGUUAUUUAAUUGUUCUGUAGAUAUGCUCAGUGCUCAGACAGUAACGUGAACCCUACCUAACCAACCCACUCUUUACCAAACAGCUUUUCUACUAAAGCUACUAUUUUUGUAAGAAAAGACGCGAGCACCCAUACCGACAUGGCAGGUCUUUAAGAUUUUUGAAAAAUAUUUGUCCAUAAAAGGUAUUCCCUCAUAGACGGAAAUAAAAAAAAACAUAUAUUUUUUGUCUGAUGGGGAAAUGAAAGAUGUAAAAAAUUGUAUUCCAUAAUGAGGGGUACUGGUUGAUCCGGCAAUGCUGCUAACAGUAAAUUUAUGAAUACACUUUGGUUGUCUAUAUUUAAGUUAUUUGAGCUAUAUUAAGAAUGCGAAACGGGCUAUUCACCUGUAAGACAGUGUAAAUUGUACUGAAGCCAUUUUUAUUAUUUUUCAGAUAUCGUUUCUCUUUGUGAUGAGAAGUCUGUGGUUCUCUUUGACGUCAUUGAUGUUUUAGGAAAAAAAAUAUGUUUGCAUCGGUGUCCUAAGUUGAGCACUACAUCUGUUAGAGGUUUUGUUUGUUUUGUGUUUAUAGUGUGAUUAAAAUAUGAUGUUCUAUAUUGAUGUACAUAAUAAUGAGAGCGACCUUUCCUCUGGCUUUCCCCUCAUUUGCCUGUCUAUUUUUAUAGGUCAUGUGUACAUAUGAAGAAAAUGCGUCUGCCAUUUUACUAACAGAAGGAGCCAACUGAAAAUAAAAGAGUGCUAAAUCAGCC